AUGAGCGGCAGAGGUAAAACCGGCGGUAAGGCGAGAGCGAAGGCGAAGACUCGCUCAUCAAGGGCGGGACUGCAGUUCCCCGUCGGCCGUGUGCACAGACUGCUCCGCAAAGGAAACUACGCUGAGCGCGUUGGCGCCGGUGCUCCUGUGUAUUUGGCCGCUGUGCUCGAGUAUCUCACCGCUGAGAUCCUGGAGUUGGCCGGAAACGCCGCUCGGGACAACAAGAAGACCCGUAUCAUUCCCCGUCACCUGCAGCUGGCAGUGCGGAACGACGAGGAGUUGAACAAACUCUUGGGUGGAGUGACCAUCGCUCAGGGUGGGGUGCUGCCCAACAUCCAGGCUGUGUUGCUGCCCAAGAAGACCGAGAAACCCGUGCAAGACCAAGUAAACGGACUGAAGUCUGUCACAAACACAAAGGCUCUUUUAAGAGCCACACACUUGAACUAUGAGAGAGUGAAUUAUUCUUUUACUCACGUUUCAUUGGCCAUUUAUUACACACUUGCAUGAAAUAAAUGGAAGGGAACCAUUAAAAAA